AUGAACUAUCUUCGCCGUCGCCUAUCAGACAGCAGCUUUGUGGCCAACCUCCCCAAUGGCUACAUGAUGGAUCUGCAGAGGCCGACUCCUCCUGGUUCCUCCACUUCCACGCCGGCCUCCCCGGCCACAGAGAGGCGCCAGCCCCCGAGCAUGCCAAUCCAGACCCAGGGCUCUGGAUCUGGUGCUCAGAUGGCCCAAAACGUUGCCGCUGCCGCAAAGGCCAAAUCAGCGGCAGCAUCAGGCGACGGCGCCGCUGCAGGAAACAGUCAGCCAGCCAAGCCUGUCAUACGUAAGCCCAAGAUCCUGCUGGUGAUUGAUGAUCAACACACAGACUGGGCGAAGUAUUUCAGAGGGAAGAAGCUGAAUGGAGAAUACGAGAUCCGGGUGGAGCAGGCGGAGUUCUCAGAGAUCAACCUGGCCUCCUACGUCAACUUGGGAUGUAUGGUGGACAUGCAGGUCAACAAAGGUGGCAGUAGAGUGGUGAGUCGAUCCUUCAAGCCAGACUUCGUCCUGAUUCGCCAGCACGCCUACAGCAUGGUCCCCGGCGAGGACUUCAGGAACCUUGUGAUCGGCCUGCACUUCGGCGGCGUCGCGAGCAUCAACUCCCUCUUCUCCAUCUACAACUUCUGCAGCAAACCUUGGGUGUUUUCUCAGAUGAUUAGGCUCUACCACUCCCUGGGUCCGGAGAAAUUCCCCCUGAAUGAACAAACCUUCUAUCCCAACCACACGCAGAUGGUUACAACUCCUUCCUACCCUGUGGUGGUCAAGAUGGGGCACGCCUACGCUGGCAUGGGAAAGAUCAAAGUUGAAAACCAGCAGGACUUCCAGGACAUCACCAGUGUGGUGGCUCUGGCCGGGACCUACGUCACCACCGAGCCCUACGUUCUGUCCAAAUACGACAUCCGCAUCCAGAAGAUUGGUAACAACUACAAGGCGUACAUGAGAACGUCCAUUUCUGGAAACUGGAAGGCGAACACAGGGUCGGCCAUGUUGGAACAGAUUGCUAUGACUGACCGAUAUCGCCUGUGGGUGGACUCCUGUGCUGAGAUGUUUGGUGGCCUAGAUAUCUGUGCAGUGAAGGCUGUCCACGGAAAAGACGGCAACGACUAUAUCAUCGAGGUGAUGGACAGCUCCAUGCCUCUGAUUGGGGAACACGUGGAGGAAGACAGACAGCUGAUCACAGAGCUGAUCAUCAACAAGAUGGCCCAAGUGCUGCUGGGAGUGUCAACACCUCAGCCUUCCACUGUAAAGACCACACAGCCCAAACGAGGAGGACAGCGCUCUACCUCCGCCUCUCCGUCUUCCUCAGCCCAGGGGUCACCUCAGCGAGCCCGGUCUGCCUCCACCUCGCCCAGCCAGGCCUUCCAGCCCGGUCCCAUCCCCGCCUCCUCCGGGCCUGGAGCUCAGAAGCAGUCGCCACAGCUAAACAAAUCCCAGUCCCUGACCAACUCCUUCACAGACACGUUACGAGGAAGCGUGACUGACGACGAGGCCAAAGCCGAGACCAUCCGCAGCCUCCGACAGUCCUUCGCCAGCCUCUUCUCCGACUAACAAACUCUCCCAGGAGCUUCCUCUUCCUGUCGGUCGUCAGGUGUGGAGAAGAAAAAAAACAACCCUGACUGGGUUCAUCUGUAACGGAGUCUCUUUCCUCCUCCGAGCCUCAGCUUCCUGCUCUCUCUCCAUGUUUGUGAAGUCAAACACCUGGUGCGACCCGCUGUCGUCAAAUCCACAAUAAAUUUAUCACUAGAAAGGCCAAACGGACUUCAGAUGAAGGUCAACACGGUGAUGAGUGAACAUUAAAAGCUGACAUAUUUAUGUUUAGGAGAUGUUAAGGGAUGAGGGAUACAGUGCAGAUGCAGAAUCAAACCAAACCCCAUUCACACUUCUGUUACUUUUACUCCACAGUGCUGUUCACUUAAGAAAAUGUAAACACAUACACUAGGUCCAUAUAAUCAUAAGUUUAGACUUUAUUUAGCAGAUUUGACCCAAUGUACUCAUGCAACUGUUUCCUUUUACUUAUAAUUCCUUGUAUUUCUUUAUUUAACAGCACUGCAGGAUUCAUGUAAAUACAAAAAGUUUUAAAGUUGAUGCUGUAAUUUGAAGUGCAGCAUCAAUACAGAUAUGUGAAUGCACUCUUGCAUGCAAAUCAUCAGGCAGCUGAUGAGUUUGGCCUUUCUAGUUUUAAAUGACCACAGUGUAUAUCAUGAUCUCGCUGGUACUGCUUGCUAUGUAGACGUUAUUCCUCAUAUGUUCGUCCAACCAGUGAAAUUGUUUACUGUUCAUGUUUAACUUAUUUCUAUAUUUAUCUAUAAUUUAUUUCCAGGACUUGAAUUGACGCGCGGCUUCCAAACAUCUACAGCAAUAUACUUAUCUGAAUCUAUCACGUGAGCUCAUGAGAAAUGCACCGAGUCCACACGGUUCACCAGCGAUCUUUUUCGGGCGUCUUUCCAGCACACCUCUCAGACAUCCACGUGCUGUAGACACACAUUGGCUCACGUAGUGACUCCUUUACCUUGGCCGAAAAAAACUACCAAAGUGCUUUUUAACAACGCAGUUAAAAAAAAAACAUCCCAUCUGCACUGGCUCAAGAAAACAAUCAGACAGCGAACCAACUCAUGAGCUUGUGAUUUCACAAGGUGCAAAUGCUGGACUGGCUCGCAGCCAUGGUCUUCCAUCACAGCUCAGAUCUUCCCCCUGCGAUCCUUCUUUCUCUUGAUGUUUCGUGCUUUUAGUGAGUAGCACUCUGGAGUAUUUUUCUUGGGGAUUUGUAAAAUAAGAUCUACUAAUGUGUGUUUUAAAAGGGAAAUGGAGAGGUUGUAAUAUCGGUUAUUUAUGUCAUUCAGACAGAAAAAUAUUUGCUUUGGUCGUGUAACGUCGCAUCUUAUAUCUUAAUUCUCCUUUAUUCUCUACAACCAGUGUCAGCUGGGACAGCAGAUCAUUUAGCGUCCUGUUUUAGCUUUUGGUCGCAUGGUGUGUGUGCGCGUGUGUGUGUGUGUUUGUGCAUGUGUUAUAUCAGUUACUUUCAUCCUGCUUUGGAACUGAUCGUAAAUGAAUGUACAGUAUGUAAAGUCAAACAGAGUCAAACAUAAAUCUUGGUCUUAACUAUUUAGAGAAAUUUUGAGGAAAAUAUUAUGAACACAUGUUCGAAAUGUCUUAAUGGCAUAGGUACCCACAUGUAGGACUUGUUAUAAGCCUGAAGGUAAUUUCCUUCCAAAUCUGCUCUUAAGAUGCAACCUACGCUAUUAUUAUCUAUGUAAAAAUGUAUUUAGGUGAUAGAAACCUAAUUCCUUUUAUUUAUUGAAUUUUUCUGUCUCGGUUGCUUAUAGUUAGCACCAAAUUACAUCUGAUACCGGAAACAUUACAAUUUGAAAUUACAAGAUUAGGCAAGGUGAAUUAUUUUACCCAAAAAAUAUUUCCUUUAGCCUCGGUGCAACAGUUGCCUCCAGAGAGAGUUGACUGUAUAUGUUGCUUUUCAUGCAGAACACAUAACUCAUAAUCUUUGAAUUGGUUCUUUUGCAGGAAAUUAUAAAGAUGUCUGGUCGUUGGCGCCAUCAAUUUCUGUAAAAGAAAACUGAAUAAGCAGAGAUAUGUUUUUUUCUCCUAUUUGGUUUAGAUGGACCUGGACAAAAACGCAAAAUGUGCAAAAGGGUACAUUCAUUGAGCAGUAUAGAGUUUAAAUGGACCUGUCACGAUUCCAAAGUAUUACGUUUAUUAAUAAUAAUUAUUAUUAUAAUCAUAAUCUUCAUAAUUAUAAUGGUCCUUAUUAAAACAUAACAUUCAUACAAAUGCAUGAAUCUGUAUAAAAUCUAUGUCGUGUGUGGGUGUGUAUGUGUAUGUUAAGUUGUAAAUCCAUCAUUCUGAUUAGCAAUGAUACGAUCACUAAAAAAGAACCGCUCAUCUUUGCAAUAAUUUUGUUAAUAAUAAGUUCUACCCCGUUUAUCUUUUAAAGACAAGCCGUUAUUUUUUUAAACUAGCAUUACUUGUUCAUUUCACUAAAAAUGCUCCGUGUGCGUUAGCUUUGUUAGCUUGACAAUAUAAAUGCACUCAACAUAAGGAAUAACGGUACGAAGCAAUGAUCAGGUUUGUAGUUUAACUUCAACAAACAGUUGCUCUGGAGCAAAAAUAAUCCGAUCUUUAUCGUCAGUGUGUGGAGCUACAGUUGUUUGUCUAACUCAAGUUGCUAGCUGCUGUUGCUACACAAGUUUAGCAUUUCAUCCUCGCACAGCACUGUUUUCACUUUUAAAAUGAGGACUCGCCAGUAUGUGUCAUGAAUGCUCUUCGUUAUGUGAAGUAAAAAUAAAAUAAUGUCGUGUGAAAUGCUUCUUUACCGUGAUAGUAGCAUUACGACUGUUGGCAGUAAGCUAGGCAAACAAAACGCUUACAUUUGUAGCUCAUGUAUCCGUUUCUUACAUGUUUUCUUCAUAUUCUUUAUAAUUAUAGACCAUUUAUAAAGAUGAACGUCAUGUCCCUGAACUCAGUCAUUUGGAGCCACAGUAGUGAUCGUAAAGUGGUGUCACUAUAUCAAAAUCCCGCCCAUACAUGUGCUCAGCCAAUUAGAAGUCAGUCUCAGCUGUCAAUCAUGGUGUUUUUCCUGUUUUUGUAGCAUAAAAUAACGAGUUAAAACCAAACUUCUAGGAGAAACAUUUUCUUGAGUUUCACUUUGAAUUUCUUGUUAGGACUUAUCACCUAUACUGCAGACAGCCACCAGGGGGUGAUCGAGAUAUUUUGGCUUCACAUUUGGGGAGUUGUCAUGUCGUCCAUCUUUAUAUACGACCUAUGCUUUCAACUCAGAGCGUGGUCGGCAAACAAUCAGUCAGCCUACUCACGUUCAAACACCAGGAAGACUGUGCUUGGGAUAUUUGCUUUUAUCGCCAUUUCAGUUUGCCAAACCUGUUUGUUUGAGUGUUGUCUCGUUGUUUGUCAUCAAUCUGCGUCCAGUGAUUGUUUGGAAAAGUAAAACUGAUGUGCAGAUAAUCCAGUGUCUCGUCACUGAGCACUUUUUUGCAAGCGCCUUUGGCACUGUGUCAAAACGGACCAAAUUAGCAUCUUGUCGUGAGACGCCCUGACAGUCACAAUCAUAUUGUUUUUGUUGUAAAGAUACCUACCACUUAGUGUGUUAUACUGCGAUGUGAUAAGCCAUAAACUAAACCAUGAGGAUUCACUGUCCCUUAUGUGCCACGCAAUAACGGCUGUGACAUCACAGAUGAGCUGAAUCUGAGCACUGUGUCUGUUACCUUUAAAGACGUUAGGUGGCCAGUCCACACAGUUGGAUGCCCAGUAUGUCUGUCGCGAUGAAAGAUUAACUCUGAUGCCACUUCUCUCAGUUUUAGUGCACUUUGAGUUUAAAAUGCAGUUCAGGAUGUAGCUGCUGCCAACUACAUCUAUAUACGUAUGCUCAUGUGUUAGGUCAGAUCAAAAUCAGUGACCAGAUGUCAGAGGAUUUAAGCUUUAUUUGCUUUUUGGGGGUUUCAAAAAUGUUUUAUAACAAAGUCUCUCGCUCGGCUGCUUUAUCGUAGCUUAACACACCUGAUACAUUUGUUGAUUUGACUCAAUUUGAACUGAGCUGCAAAGUUUACUAGUAACUACCUCACGUUGGGCAGUGCUCUGCAGGAAGUGACUGUAGAGUGGUAGUACUGGAACAGGUUUUGUGAAAAGAGCCGCGAAGGACAAAGAAAUGUGAGACGGAAGUGCUUCCUUUCCAUUUGUGAUGAUUCGUGGGCUUUAGAAAACACCAACCCAAGGAAGAUCAGAGUCUUGAUUUCCAAACUAACCAUAGCCCCCCCCCCCCCCCCCCUGCAGGUUAAUCCAGCCCUGGUUCCCAGUUUAUUUGAUGGUUCCAGCCUUUAAUGUGAAUUAGCGAUACAAAUCCUUUAAUCUUGCUUGUUUGAUUGACAGCUUUCUCAGCCAGUCACAGACCUAGCUUCACCCUUCCUCGCCCCCAAAUCUCCUAACUCAUAAACAUCCCUCUUGUAACCUGCUGUUGACGUCACAGAUGAACAUUCUGUUGCCGUCGCUGCUCCUUUCACAAAACUGAAAAGUGUUGCAUCACUUCACGUUGUCUUUCAUCUUUUUUGGAGAUAACACAAUACUCAAUUUAUUUUUAACUUAUUUUCUUUCCUCUUCGUUACGACAUGGUUGAGUCACCGGCUCAACCCUGGGUGUGUUGAACUGAUGAGAAGCCUGAAUAUAUGAAUAUAUGCAGCCUCAGAGACUUGCCAUCAAUACAGCUAAUACUGCAAGGAAAUCAAGUCCUCUUUAAAUAUGGUAUUUGUAAAUGAAACGUGAAAAUAUUAAUGUCAUUGCACGGGUUUAUUUGCCGAUCUUUCAGUCCACUGUGUCCCUCCCUCUCCGCUGAAUGGUGGGCGAUAACGUGUGAUACUCUAAGUGUAUAGA